GUCGAGUUUUACCGCAAACGGUGACUAAAUCAGUCGUUAAAUUUGUGGCAUUGAUGAUUGACCUGGUGUUAAAUAAAUUACAUCAACUAAAAAAAUUGAAAUAAAUUAAAAGCUAUCUAAUCAAAUCACAUUUCUUCAAAGAUUUCUUAUAAUUAAUUUAAAAACAAAAAGAAACAUAUUAAUCAUUAAAAGUUGUAAAGUAUUUUGUUAAUAUUUUCAUGAUGAGUCAUAUAGUGAUAUCAUUCUUAUAAUCUCGAAAAAUUUAGGCGUCACCAGUGAUUAAAAAAUACCUGUUAGUUUUUUUUGUAAAUUUUUUAACUAAUUUGUGUGUUAAUUAGUGAACUGAGUUAUAAUGACACUUGGACCACGUGAAGUAAUGAGAUCAGAAGAAAUUGAAGGUGGACCAAGUGGCCCAGCAAAUCCAAUACCAGAUCCAGAAUCACUUGAUUGUGGCUGUGGACAAUUACCAUGUAAAAAAUUAGCAAAAUAUGCAACAAGAAAAUUAUUUAUAAUACUUUUAUGUUGGAUUGGUUUUAUACAAUCAGCUGGACAAGAAUAUUUUUAUGUUACAAGUUCAACAAUUGCUAGAAAAUUUCAGCUACAUCCAAAUACAAUUGAAUGGUUAACAAUUAUUAAUAAUGGAUUAUUUCCAUUUAUAUUGGCUUUACCAGUAUCAUACUGGGGUGAUCGUAUACAUCGUGCUGCAUGGAUUGGAGCACUUGUAUUAAUUCAAAGUGUUGGUUAUUUAUUUCUCGUUAUUCCUCAUAUUAAUUCAUCAUCAAAAGUAAUUGAGGGAACAAAUAAUGUCACUCAUCUUUCACUAUUUGCUGAUGAUAAUCCUGAACUUUGCUCGAAAUCAGGUCUAGCAAGAUUAGUAAAUGUCGAAAUAGAUUCAUCAUAUUUUGUACUUGGUAUUGUAAUAUUAUCACAAGUUGUUAGCUGUAUGGGAAAUGUUGGAUUUUAUUCACUUGGAAUAUCUUAUCUUGAUGACAACACAAGAAAACGACAUGUACCAAUUCCACUUGGUUUUAUUAUUGCAUUUAGAAUAAUGGGAAUAUUAUUUGGCUACAUUCUUGGAUGGGCAUGUCUCAGAAUUGAUGCAGACAAUUUGAGUAAAGCUAUUGAAUCUUACCAAGAAAAUAAUGGUGCAUGGUGGCUUGGUUGGCCAAUACUAGCUGUUCUUUUAGCACUUCCUGGUUUACCUAUGUCUUGGUUUCCUCGUCGACUACCAUCAGAAGUUGUUGAACAAGCAGCUGCAUCAAUUCUUGAUUCACCAGGUGGUAGAACAAGCCCCCUGUCUGAAUCAACAAUAUCAGAUGCUAAAAAUGUUGGUGAUACUAAAUAUCUUCCAUCAAUGUUACGUUUAUUUAAAAAUAAAAUAUUAUUAUGUAGUAUAUUUUCAUCUAUAUUUUGUAUUACUGGAAUUAUUAAUUUUUUGGACACUGAAGAUAUUAUACUUGAAUCAAGAUUUUAUGCACCAAGACCAUCUGGACUAUUUUUAGCUUUUGGUGAUCCAUUAAUAUCAAGAACAAUCAGCAGAUUAUCAAGACCAAUUUUAAUUUCGAUAACUGUUAUACUAUCUGGACUAAUAAUUUCGAAAUUACGACCACGUGCAAAAUGGCUAGUUUGUUAUAAUAUUGGAGCAUUAAUAAUUGCAUCAUUAAUAAUUUUUUAUCUUGCAUUUGUAACGUGUAAUAAAACAUCAAUUGUCGGUUCAAAUUCAUCUGGCUCAGUAUCAUCAUUACUGAGAUAUUGCAACAAAGAUUGUCGUUGUUCACGUGAUGCUAACUUCCAGCCAGUUUGUAAUAAAGAUUAUUCAAUUGUUUUUUAUACGCCAUGUCAUGCUGGAUGUACGGGAAUUAAAAAUACUGGUAAUAAAAAAAUAUUUACAGGAUGUAAUUGUAUUGAAGAAAUAACUGGACUACUUGGUAAUGAAGCAACACAAGGACCAUGUGUAUCAACUAAAUGUCAAAUUGGAUGGAUUGUUUUUGAGAUAAGCACAAUAUUGGCAUACAUGUUAAUUGCAUCUUGUGCAGUAUCAUCACUUUUAAUUGGUCUAAGAUCAACCUACCUUCAAGACAAAUCACUUGCAAUUGGUUUAUGGAUAUCUCUUGUUUCGAUAUUUGUUUAUGUACCAGGAAAAAUGUUGUACUGGAAAGUUGCAAAUUCAACAUGUAUUUAUCAUGGUAAUUCACCAAGUUUAUGUCAUCUGUAUGAUUCAAUUGAUCUUGGUGCAUAUUUGGCAUAUAUAACAACUUUAUUUUUGCUUAUUAGUUUUAUUUUUGAACUGGCAAUAUUUUUUAUAUGUCAAAGAUUAAGAAUUUAUCGUGAAAUUCAAUUUGAUACAGCUGAUUUAAAUGAAAGAACAGAACAAAUAUUUACACCUUUGACAAAUGAAACAAUUAAUUCUAAUAAUAACAAUGGAAAUGUAGCUGAUGAUGAUGAUGAGGAUGAUGAUACAACUGAACGACAUGUAGCAAGUGAUAGUUCAGCAUUUGUUGCUGAACUUGCUGCUGUUACAAGUAACAUACGUAAAAACAAUGAAACAAUAUUAAUGACAGAAGAACCAGGUACAUCAAGUGAUUAUACUGUUAAAACAAAUGGUCCACUUAAAUAUGGACCAGUUGGUCCUGGUAAUCCACGUACAACAAGUACAAAAUCAGUUGAUAAAAUUGCACAAAGUAGUUAUACUGAUGAUACUGAUGAUGAUGAUCAUAUAAAUAAUAAACGUGGACCAAUGUCAUUAAUGACAAUAUCAUAUAAACGUCUUGAAAUUAAUUCUGAUAGUGAAACAUCUGAUUCAAGUCCUGGAUCACGUCAUCGAAAUGAUUAUCAUAAACAAUCAAUAUCGAAAUUAGCAUCAAUUGAUAAUCCAGUAACAAAUAAUACAAUUGCUGGUUUUUCAAAAACAAAUGACAUUGAAUUUACAAAAUGGGAUAAUAAAAAAAAAGAUAGACCAUAUACUGGUGAUUUUAAUGAAAUUGGCAUACCAAUUAUUAAUUAUAAUUUACAAACAAUAAAUUCGAAAAGUAAUUCUGAUAUAAUUAUACCAAAAAAAUUACGUAAUAAAGAAGAAAAUUAUCAACAAAUUGAUAAAGGUAAUUUUUUAAUAAAUGAUGAUACAAUAAAUCAACGAACUGUUUCACCAAUUGGGCAUACAUCCUCAGGUUUUGGAUCAUUUGCUUCGGAUUUACAGAAAAUUACAACUGAAUCGAAAACAUCAACACCAGCAUUAGAUUAUUCAGGAUCAGAAACUUCAAAUUCAAUUGCAUCAACAAGCAAAUCAAAAUUAACAAAAGUUAAAAAACCAACAUUUUCAACAGCUCUUUAAAAAUUACAUAUUAACAGAAAAAUUUUUUUUUAAUCAUUUUUAUAUAUAAAUUUAUUACAACUAAAUAAUAAUAUAACUUUUUUUUUUUUUCGACAAUUUUUAUCAAUAACAAUUUAUUAAUUAUAUAUUUUUUAUGAUUAUGAAAUUUUUUUUGAUAAAAUUUUUAUUUAUAUUUUUAAGAAUUUUUAAUCGUAUCACAUAAGCUACUUUUUUUUUUUUUAAAACUUAACAGUAUUAUUAUUAAAAAAAAAGAAAAAAAAAAA